AUGCAUCUAAACGAAGGCGCGCCCGCGCCUAAACCCGCCGAAUCCGCCCUCCUCAACCGUCGUCGCCGUCGCAAAUCUCUCCCUGGCCGCGCAAAGGGCUCCAGUGCCGAUCCAACCUCGCCAGAAGUCAUCUCGUCGCUCAUCUCCUCCCUGUCAACCAUCUCCGUACCGCUCAACUCGCAUUUCGACAACGUGCCGCGCAUUGACUCCAAGGACUCCAAAGAUUCCGAUCCUGGCUUGCCCGAAGUGCCUCAUACUGCGCCGUGUUUCUCCGUUCCUCCUUCCAAACAGUAUGGCCAUGGUUAUGGCCUCGGCAUGAACUUGGGCUCCUUUGCUCCGCUGGAGGAAUCCCCCCACGACAACAACAACAACAACCCGUUCUUGCACCCGGAUGAUGCUGCUUCAGCCCCUGUCAUCCGUAUGGCCAGAGCGCCGCCCUCGCCCAAAUCUCCCAAAUCCCCGCGCUCGCCGAGAUUUAAACCUUUCAAACGGGACGAAUCUGCCAAUCGUCCGGCCUCACGAGACUCCUACACCUCCGUCCGAACAACAAACGAAGACACUGCCUUUGGCACCAUCAGCACCGAACCAGGUCCCCGCCUGUCCACGGCCGUUAGCAUUGCAUCGAACAGCUCCGCGGGGCGUAAAAGUUUAAAGGGGUCGUUUGGUCAGUUUGGACUGUUGAAGAAGGCCUCGCGGGAGUUCGGGAGUGAUAAGGACUCAUCGAGCGACCGCUUGCGCAAGACGAAUAGUCUGAACGAUACCGUGCGCCACAACAUUCCUCGGAGCAGAGCUAGUUUGAGAUCCAUGCAUUCCAUGGCGGAUGUGGCCGAGGAGGCGGGUCUGAACGGACUCAAGGAAGAGCCGAGUGAUGGCAUGGCAGCAAGCACUCCUCCUCGGGACCUACAGUCGAUUCCAAGCACCCCUGAUAAUCACAACCCCGGUGGUAUUGGCAGUGGUCGGAUUAUCCCCACACGCGAUUCUUCUCUGCGACAUCGACACAGUCAAUCCUCAGGCUCGAAGCAACGGAGGUCCGCCCGCCACAGUCGAUAUCCAUCCAAUGCCAGCAAAGAAUCAUCCAGUGCGGAAAAUGGGCUACCGGGUUCAAGCAAUGAUGCGGAGCAGGUGACCAGGAGGAUACAGCAGCUGAAGGAUCAGCAACAGAGGAUCAAGACGGAGUUGGAGUCCGACGACACUCCUGGCAAAUCUGUACGGGCAGCGACGGCAACACCCACACCCACAAAGCCAGUCGAGGUCUCUCGCAGCACUAGCCACCUCGAUCAGGGACGUACAGUUCAAAAUGGAGUCAAAGCCGACCGACCAGUGAAUGACAGCGCGCCAUCUCCCUCGAUUAUGACAGGGAAGAACCGCACAAGUAGAACUGGGGCCCCACUGGCAUCGAAACCCACCAAUUUCUCUCCACAAAUGUCCAAGAUUCCAUCCGAAAAGUCCGAGCACGAGAAUCGAUAUAGGCGAUCAGCGGAGCCUGUUAACCCCACCAAAGGUCAUCGCCGCACGCCAUCGGGUCCGACGUCCACCCAUCGCCCUUCAUUCAAUAACGAACGGCCUUCCAGUGCCGACUCCAUCGAUCUGGCCGUUGACGAUUAUAUCUUUUCUCCGAAGUUGACGCAGCGAGUGCCUCACCCGACUACUGGCCGUUCUAUCGCAUUCUCUGAGGUUGGCAAUCCCAAAGGUCACGUUGUGCUAUGUUGUCUUGGAAUGGGUCUCACCCGGUACCUGAUGGCCUUUUACGACGAGUUGGCCCGGACUUUGAACCUGCGUCUAGUUACUCUCGAUCGCCCGGGCGUUGGUGAAAGUGAACCACAUCGAGUUGAUGAGCCAAGUACUCCCCUCAGCUGGCCUGAUGAUGUUGCCAUUGUGUGUAAUUAUCUCCGAGUAACCAAGUUCUCCAUCCUCGCCCACUCAGCCGGUGCAAUCUAUGCCCUUGCCACAGCACUUCGAAUCCCUCAACAUAUCCGCGGCCGCAUCCACCUUCUAGCGCCAUGGAUUCCUCCAUCCCAAUUAUCUACCAUCGGAUCUCAGAAGGAACCCGCACCCACCAAUGCAGUUCCUUACUCCCAACGAAUCCUCCGAGCCCUCCCAACCUCCCUCCUAAAGGUCGCCAACACAAGCUUCAUGAGUGCGACUAGUGCCAGCAUCACGACAAGUCUACCCAAAUCGCCCAAGCGAUCAAAGCGCAAGGCAGCGAAAGAAGCCAAAGAAGCCAAAGAGGCAGCGGCCAAUGCAGAAAUCCCACCCGUACCCAUGAUACCCAAUAUCGAAACCGUCUCUCGGAAUAACUCAGAGAAUCCCGCACCACUCGGGGGAGCUGGAGCUGGAGCAGGAGCUAUGAGGUCAUACUCAACACCCACCCACCACGCCUCGUCCAGGAAGAGCGACGCCACGCUUGGCUCGCGUGCCAAAUCCCCGGAAGAGGAACUUGAACGCCAACAAGACUACGAUACACGUCUUACACACCGGAUCUGGGAACUCGCUACUACCAAUGCGAACCCGGCUGUUGAUUUGUUGAUUUGUCUGGAACGUCGUCAGACGAUUGGGUUCCGAUACGUGGAUAUUACUCGGUCUGUCGUGAUUCAACACGGUAGUAAAGAUACCCGCGUACCUGUGGAUAAUGUCCAAUGGCUGGGUAAGACUAUGCGUCGGUGUGAGGUGCGCAUUCUUGAAGGCGAGGGACAUGGUUUGAUGGCUUCUGCUUCGGUUAUGGGUAGUGUCUUGACUGAGAUUGCUAAGGAGUGGGAAGAUUGGACGACUAUUGUUCAAGGUCGGCGCAGAGCGACUGCCAGUCAUGCUGCGCGACCAGGUCUUUCUAUCCAGACCUGA